AUGGCAACCUAUGUGCAGCUGAGCACCACAGCCAAGAUGCCCCUCCUGGGGCUGGGCACCUGGCAGUCCCCAGCUGGGCAAGUCAAAGCUGCAGUGAUGGCUGCCAUCGAUGCCGGGUACCGCCACUUUGACUGUGCCUAUGCGUACCUGAAUGAGAACGAAAUUGGGGAAGGGAUCCAGCAAAAAAUCAAAGAAGGUGCUGUGAAACGAGAAGAUCUCUUCGUUGUCAGUAAGCUGUGGUGCACAUUUCAUGAGAAGCCUCUGGUGAAGGGAGCCUGCCAGAAGACUCUUGCUGACCUGAAACUGGAUUACCUGGAUCUCUACCUCAUCCACUGGCCUUUUGGGUUCAAGGCAGGAGAGGAGCUGUUGCCAAAAGAUGACAAAGGCAUGGCUAUUCCUAGCAACAGUGAUAUUCUGCAGACGUGGGAGGCCAUGGAAGAGCUGGUGGACUGUGGUCUGGUAAAAGCCAUUGGAGUCUCCAACUUUAACCACGAGCAGAUUGAAAGAAUCUUGAACAAGCCGGGACUGAAGCACAAGCCUGCAAAUAACCAGAUUGAAUGUCAUCCAUACCUCACCCAGGAGAAGCUGAUCAAGUACUGUCAAUCCAAAGGGAUCACUGUGACAGCAUACUGUCCCCUUGGCCGUCCUGACAGACCAUGGGCUAAGCCAGGGGAUCCUUCCCUCCUGGAUGACCCCAAGAUCAAAGAGAUUGCAGCCAAACACAACAAAACCCCAGCACAGGUUCUCCUUCGCUUCCAGAUCCAGAGAAAUGUGAUUGUGAUUCCCAAGUCUGUCACACCACAGCGCAUUGUGGAGAACUUCCAGGUGUUUGACUUUGAAUUGACUAAAGAGGAGAUGGCAACUAUUCUGAGCUUUAACAGAAACUGGAGGAUCUGUGAAAUGGAUAUGUCCAAAAAUCUCAAGGAAUACCCUUUCCAUGCCGAAUACUGAAGAUGGCCUUCACUAGACCUCUGGUGUCUCACGUGCC